AUGGUUGCAACAUGGAGUGAUUCCGAAGGAUCAACCAAAUCUGAAAGUGAAGAUAGUCAAGCUCACUUAUGUUUUAUGGUUAAUGAUGACAAAGAUGAUGAUCUAGAACAAAAUCAUAAAAUUCAUCACUAUGUCGAAGGUUGUGAAGACCUUAUAAAGAAAAAUGAAUCGCUUAACGCUGAAACAUUAACAUUUGAAGAGACUGCCAAAGUCUUAAAAGAACAGAAUAUCAACCAAAUGAAAAGGCUGAUUGAUAUUCAGAAUAAAAAUGAUGAUCUUGAAUCCGAGCUAAAGACUUUGAGACAUGAGUCUGAGAAAAUUUUACAAGCCUUCACAAAGCUAAAUGACUCCGAAUCUAAAUUUACAAAAAUGCUUACACGUCAAAAAGGAUCAAAUGAUAAACGUGGUAUUGGUUAUAAUAAUGCUACACAAAACUAUAAGAGUAAAACCACAUUCAUUAAGAGUGCAUACAAACAUAGACGCUUACUUACUUGCUCGUUUUGUUGCAAAGAAGGACAUCUUAAGUUUGCAUGUCCCUACAGACCUCAAAAUUUCAAUUGUUUAAAGGCUAUAACAGAUGAUCCAAAGCUAUGGCAUAGACGUCUUGGUCACAUAAAUACGCAACCAAUGCAUGAAUUAGUAAGUAAAGAUCUAGCUAAGGGACUUCCAGCUCUUGACUACAAACAGUGUCCUACAUGUGACGCAUGCAUUAGAGGAAAAAAUGUUCGUUGUCGGUUGUCGUGA